CAGUUACUCGAAUAUCGCACUUUCAUCAUUCCAAUUGAAGCAAAUCUUUUGCUAGCUCUUCUACCUCCUAUCCUACGCUUUCGUUUCCACCCCGUGCCAAAUCCCUGUGGUUUUUGUCGGCCAAUACUUGAAUCACAGGCCUCCUGAACCCACCAUUAAUUUCAUCAACGUUUCAAUUCUUUAUUGUGUGGUCUCUCUCAUUACAACCCCCAAUGAGAAAUCCACUCUUUUCAUGGCUUUUCUUGAUAUCCAUAUGCUCAAUUUUCCCCAGUUUUUGUAUCUUUGUGGUGUCUGGCCAAUGUUUGGGCAGUCAGAAGUCAUUGUUGCUCCAAUUGAAGAACAACCUUACAUUCUACCCCCUUACAUUCAAUCCAGCUAUGUCCAAAAAACUAGCUCAGUGGAAUCAAAGUCACGAUUGCUGUUUUUGGGAAGGUGUAAACUGCGCAGAGGGACAUGUCAUUGGUCUCGAUCUGAGCAACGAAGCCAUCUCGGGUGGACUUGACAACUUAAGCAGCCUCUUCAAUCUUCAAAAUCUCGAGAACCUGAGUUUGGCUUACAACUACUUCAACGGUUCUCAAAUUCCAUCCAAGUUUGACAAACUUGUGAAUUUGAGAUAUUUGAACCUAUCAAAUGCUGGCUUUGGUGGACAGAUUCCAAUUGCGAUUUCGCACUUACCAAGGUUGGUUUCUCUUGAUUUAUCUGCCGUUUACUUCCCCGAAUUUACUCGUCUGAAACUUGAGAAUCCAAACUUAAAUAUGUUGGUUCAGAACCUUCCGGAGCUUAUAGAACUUAAUCUUGAUGGGGUAAAGAUAGCAGCACAAGGGAAUGAGUGGUGCCAUGCCUUAUCUUCUUCACUGCCGAAUCUGAGGGUGUUGAGUUUGUCAAAUAGUGAUCUUUCAGGCCCCAUUAAUUCCACCUUACUGAAGCUUCAGUCCCUCUCAAUUAUUCGUCUGGAUAAUAACAAUUUGUCUAGUCCAGUUCCAGAGUUCUUCGCAAAUUUCGCAAAAUUGACGUCCUUGCGUCUCAGUUCUUCUGGGUUGAUUGGAACAUUUCCAGAAAACAUCUUCCAGGUACCAACACUAGAGAUUCUUGACUUGUCUAACAAUGUACAUCUUAAUGGUGUUUUGCCAGAUUUUCCUCAGAAUGGGUCUCUUCGCACUCUGGUUCUUAGCAAUACAAACUUUUCAGGGACAUUAUCAGAUACUAUGGGUAACCUUACAAAGUUGUCCAAAAUAGAUCUUUCAAACUGCAGUUUCAGAGGAUCAAUGCCGCACUCAAUGGCAAAGCUUACCCAAUUGCUUUAUUUGGACAUGUCAUCCAACAAUUUCAUUGGACCAAUUCCAUCAUUCAGCAUGGCCAAGAAUCUGACCCAAAUAAACCUUUCUCGUAAUGAUCUAAUUGGUCAUAUUACUUCCACUCGCUGGGAAGAGCUUCGGUAUCUGGUAAGCCUUGACUUGCGUUACAAUUCACUGAAUGGGAGUAUUCCAGCUUCUCUGUUUUCCCUUCCAUCAUUGCAAAAAUUACAACUUUCCAACAACCAAUUUUCUGGUGAACUCAAUCAAUCUUCUCAUGCUUCUUCUGACCUACUGGACACUCUUGAUUUAAGUAGCAACAACUUGAUAGGGCGAAUACCUAUGUCUGUCUUUGAACUCAGGGCCCUUAGGAUCCUCUCACUUUCUUCAAACAAAUUCAAUGGCUCCUUGCAGCUUCUUAAUGUAAUUCAGCAGUUGAGAAAUCUUUCAAAUCUUGAUCUUUCGUACAACAUGUUAUGGAUUGAACAUGAUGGAACCGAUGGAAUCAAUUCAUCUUUGUCGUCCUUUCCCCAGAUUACGACAUUAAAAUUGGCCUCUAGCAAGUUGAAAAAAUUUCCUGUUUUCUUGAGAAACCUAUCGGAGUUAACCUAUCUAGAUCUUUCAGACAACCAGAUUGACGGAGAUGUACCAAACUGGCUCUGGGAACUUCAUAAGCUCGUGGGCUUAAAUCUCUCUUUUAACAGCCUAGUGACUCUGGAAGGACCUCUAUACAAUCUUUAUUUUUUGAGUGUCCUGGACCUUAGUUCAAACAAGCUCCAGGGACAACUCCCAGUUCUACCACCUUAUGCCACGUACUUGGAUUUCUCAAGGAAUGAUUUCAGCUCUGUAAUACCAGCUAGUAUUGGUGACUCCCUGAAUUUUGCUUUUUUCUUCUCUCUUUCUAGCAAUAAAUUCAAGGGUAGUAUCCCAGUAUCAAUAUGCAAUGCGACGUAUCUUCAAGUUCUAGAUCUGUCUAAUAAUUUCUUCAGUGGAAAAAUACCCCAAUGCUUGAUUGAGAUGAGUGGGACUCUUGGUGUACUGAAUCUAAGGAGAAACGAACUCAAUGGCCCAAUUCCUGAUUUCUUUACAAGCAAUUGUGGUUUACAUACUUUGAAUCUCAAUGGAAACAAAAUAGAAGGACAGUUACCAAAGUCCUUGGCCAAUUGCAUGAAAUUGGAGGUCGUAGAUAUUGGGAACAACCUCGUCAAGGGUAACUUCCCAUGUUACUUGAAGAACACAUCGAUGUUGCGUGUCCUUGUUUUGCGAUCUAAUAAAUUUGAUGGGCCCAUUGGUUGUUCAGAGCCUAAUGCUACCUGGCCAAUGCUUCAAAUUGUAGACGUAGCUUCAAACAAUUUUACCGGUAACCUUCCAAAAGUUCUUGCUUGGAAGGCAAUGAUGGUUGAUGAAAAUGAAGCCCAAUCAGAGCUCAAGAACCUCCAAUUUGAAGUCCUGAGUUUUAAUCGAUUUUACUAUCAAGAUGCAACAACAGUUACUUUCAAAGGUCUACAAUUGGAGUUGGUGAAGAUUCUCACUGUCUUCACCUCGAUUGAUUUUUCCUGCAACAAUCUUGAGGGGCCAAUACCAGAAGAAUUUAGAGUACUUAAAUCACUAUAUGCACUCAACUUGUCGCACAAUGCUCUUACAGGCCAAAUUCCACCAUCUCUAGCAAACUUGAUUAGAUUGGAGUCAUUAGACUUGUCAAGGAACAAGCUUACAGGGGAGAUCCCAGUGGAACUUGCAGAUGGUCUGCAUUUCCUUUCAUUCCUAGACCUUUCGUUCAAUCAAUUGGUGGGGCAGAUUCCACAAAUCAAGCAAUUUGCUACAUUUUCUGAAGCUUCUUAUGCAGGAAAUAAAGAAUUAUGUGGCUCUCCUUUGAAAGUGGAAUGUGAUGGUAAUGAAUCUAAUAAUCAGUCACCACCAGCGCCGGCAUCAUUUCGAACAUUUGAAGUAAGUCAUUCGAAUACUCGGAUUGUGAUUGAUUGGAACAAGAUUGAUUGGAACUAUAUAAGUCCUGAACUGGGAUUUAUUUUUGGCUUUGGGAUUGUAAUUGCGCCCCUUAUGUUUUUAAAGAGAUGGAGGAUAUGGUAUUCCAAACAGAUUGAUAACAUUCUUUUCAAGAUCUUCCCUCAAUUGUAUCUCCACAAAGAAUAUCGUCGAAGACGAAAGCACAGAAAUUAGGGGCAGAGGCAUUUGUGAUAGUUUACGAGAAGUAAUGCACCUAAGCUUAGCUUUUGUUUCUUUCUGUUUCAAUGUAAGGACCAAUAAAAAUUGUAUCUAUGCAAUUGGAUGCGAGUGCUCUCUUUAAGGUAUGAUGUUUGUAAUUGGCAAGGCUCUAUUAUUGAAAUAUACUUUUGUGAUAUUAGAA